AUGGGCUGGGUUCAUGCCGAGAUCGAUGAUGGUGCUGCCGAGGCGCGCUCGGCUGGAGUUCGAUCUGAGCUGGAUCGUGGCUGGGGAAACGCGUUGCUUGCCGGCGUGCGCCGGGGUCGGUGGAGGAGGCCGGUGUUCUCAUUCUCUUCGGUGGAAGAGGCCGUCGAGGACUGCGACUCGUUCUCUUCGGUGAAGAUGGGUGCCCAGAGAAUAAAUAUGGGUGCCCAGUUUAAGUUAGUUCUGGGAGAUGUAUUGCGCUCUAAAACAAGUGAGGAAUGGCAGUCUAUUGUAAACAGUAAAAUAUGGGAUUCACGAGAAGCAGAAAAUAGAAUUAUUUCGAUUCUAAAGUUGAGUUUUGAUGAACUGAAACCUCCAUCCUUGAAACUAUGUUUUGCAUAUUGCUCGAUGUUCAUCAAAGAUUUUGAUAUGGAAAAGGAUGACUUGAUCCAACUUUGGAUGGCUCAAGGAUGGCUUCACCCUUAUUCUGACAACAGCCUAGAGAUGGAGGAGAGAGGUAAUGAAUAUUUUAAUGUUCUAUUGGGGAAGUCUUUUUUUCAAGACGUUACAAAGGAUUAUGGUGGUAAUGUUACCAAAUGCAAAAUGCACGAUCUUGUGCAUGAUCUUGCAGAACGUGUUUCAAAACGAGGGAACUCGAGCUCAUCACUUUUUUCAAAUGGUGAAGCCCUUGAGAGCAACGUAUUGAAUUACAAAUCUUUACGUGUCUUAAAUUUAUACAAGGCAGACAUUGUGGAGUUGCCGAUUUCGAUUGGGAAGUUGAAACACUUGCGGUACUUGAAUGUUUUGAAAACAAAAAUCAAAACAUUUCCCAAAUCAAUUGGUCAGCUUUAUAACUUGCAGACAUUGAAAAUACCUUAUCAGCUUGAAGAGUUUCCAAGAGAAAUUGCAAAUCUGAUCAACUUGCGGCACAUUUACUUCGGUAGAUAUAUGAAAGUGCCGGGUGGGAUAUUGGGGCGGUUCACUAGUCUCAGGUCAUUGCCUUUUAUCAAGGUGAGCAACGACACACGUCCUAGAAUUGAGGAACUGAGUGGCUUAAACCAGUUGCACGGCACUUUGUCUAUUUAUGGGUUGGAAAAUGUAGGAGAUGGAGAUACCCAAAAGGCAACCUUAGAAGAAAAGAAACAUAUACGGAAGUUAGUCCUGGGAUGGAAGCUUGAUAGGCCAAGCCCCAAUGUGGAGAACGACAACAAUGUACUAGAAGGCCUCCGACCACAUUCUAGUUUGGAAUAUUUGGAGAUUCAUGAAUUCAUGGGUGUGAAACUUCCAUCAUGGUUAUUGGAAGCCAGCAAUUUGAAAAAGAUUGAAUUAUUGGGCUGCAGCAAAUGUGAAGAACUCCCGGUGCUUGGGCAUUUACCCAAUCUUAGUAGUGUUAAGAUCAAGAGAAUGGAGAACCUAACUCGUAUAGGAUCUGAGUUUUAUGGUGACACCUAUGUUGACUGUGGAAAUGAAUCAAGUAGGGAGGCACGUCGUUUGUUCCCUGCUUUGAAAACAUUGCACAUUGAGAAGGCAGAGAACCUGAUUGAAUGGAUGGAAGCGCCAUCAGAGAGAGGAAGUAGGGUGGUGUUUCCUUGCCUUGAGAAGCUGACCUUGAUUCACUGUGAGAAACUGACAAGUGCUCCCAGUCAUUUUCCAUCUCUCAAGAAGUUGGUGAUACAAGACAUGCGUAAUGGUGGCACGCCAUUAGCAAGUAUUCUAAGCAAUCAACUCACGACUCUCACUUAUCUGAGCUUAUUGCAUGUUGGGGGACUUACUUGUCUGCCGGAAGGGAUGUUAGAAAACAACAAGAAUCUUGCAUAUCUGGAUAUAAAUGGUUCGGAGUUGACUUGUAUUUCUCCCAAAGCACAAGGGUUGGAGAACUGCUGCGCAUCUCUUUCAUAUUUGAGACUAUGCUGUUGUGCUGACCUGAGAUAUUUACCUGAUGGAAUACUCACACCUUCUCUUAAAUAUCUGGGGUUGGUUUUUUGUUAUAAUCUAGAGUACAUCCCGGAUGCUACAGGCGGUGGUCUCACAUCCCUCGAAACCUUGGUAAUCUUGGACAGCUAUAAAAUAACCAGUAUUCCAUUUUCACAAGGCCUCCCAUCUCUUUGUCAAUUAAGAAUAGGUUCCUGCCGGGAAUUAUCCGGUCUACCGGAAGGGCUGGAAUACUGUACCUCUAUUUGGAGUAUGGAAAUAACACACUGCCCCAGGCUACCAUCCAUGUCAAUCGAGAGUCUCAGUACAUCCCUCGAAGUGUUGUGUGUAAGUCAUCUAAAUUCUCUUCCAAUUUCACGAGGAGGCUUCACAUCACUCCGUCAGUUGACAAUUGAUCGCUACGGAAGUGCACAAUUCGGGCCAGAAUUUGGUGCCUUUCUUCAGACUCUCGUCUCUCUUCAUAAACUGACGAUACUGCAGUGCGAUGAACUAGAGAGUAUUCCAAGUUCAGACAGGUUCACAUCGCUCCGCAGCUUGGAGAUUUCUUAUUGUGGUAAACUAACAUGUCUACCGGAUGGGUUAGCAGCAUCGUCGCAGCCCUGCAGACUCACCCGUUUGAAGGAAUUGACACUUGGUCCUUUAGGCUAUGAGCUCGAUGCAUUUCCAGCUUUUCAGGCUAUACCACAACUUGAAUCAUUAACCAUCAAAGGGUGGGGCAAGCUCAAGUCUCUCCCUGAACAAAUUCAACACUUGUCUUCUUUAAGACAUUUGACAAUAGAGCACUUUGAUGGAGUGGAGGCUAUUCCAGACUGGUUGGGAAACCUUGCAUUUCUCGAAGACCUGACUAUCGAGUUUAGCAACGGUAUAAAGUAUCUACCUUCUGUGGAAGCCAUGCAACGCCUCACCAAUUUGAAGGAGAUAAGCAUAAUUUACUGUCGUCUUCUAGAAGAAAGAUGCAGGGAGGAGAGUGGCCCAGAGUGGCCUAAGAUUUGUCAUCUUCCAUUCAUCACUUUUAAUCUGUAUUAG